AUGGCGGACCACACUGGCAGCGCCAGGCCCGGCACUCCGUCAUACAAGUCCAAUGGCUCGUCCUACGAACAUGUUGUCCUCGGAAAGCUCAACCCAUGCAAACCCGACGUUAUAACGGUCGCCGAUGUUGAGGCUCACCUCGCUCACAAAGAAGCUGCCACCGCACACGGCGCCGCCGCAGCUGCUUCGCUUGCGCUCCACUUCGCCAACGAUGGCUCCGGCCGCCGCGUUCUUCGCGAAGAGAACUGCUACAGCAAACUCGGCUUUUGCUUCCCACAACGGAAGAAGUGGCGCAUUCUCAUCGUCCUGUUCAUCGUCCAGAUCAGCAUGAACUUCAACGCGGCCAUCUAUCCGAACGCCGUUCCUGGCAUGAAGGAGCACUUCCACGUCGAUGGCUGGAAGGCUCGUCUCGGUCAAAUGGUCUUCCUCGUCGCCUAUGCCUUCGGCUGUGAGCUCUGGGCUCCAUGGUCCGAGGAGCUGGGCCGUAAGUGGGUGCUUCAAGGCUCGCUCUUCCUCGUCAACCUCUGGCAGAUCCCGUGCGCACUUGCACCAAGCUUCUGGGUCGUCUUCGGCUUCCGGUUCCUUGGCGGCCUCUCUUCUGCCGGCGGAUCCGUUACGCUUGGCAUGGUUGCCGACAUGUACGAGCCGAACGACCAACAGUUCGCAGUCGCCUUCGUCGUCCUUGGCUCCGUCGCUUCCGCUGUCAUCACGCCCAUCGCCGGCGGCGCCAUCACGCAGUACCUGCCCUGGCAGUGGGUCUUCUGGAUCUCGCUCAUCUUCGGCGCACUUACUCAGGCUUUGCAACUCUUCCUCAUCCCCGAAACCCGCGCUAGCAUCCUCGUAACCCGCGAAGCCAAGCGCCUGCGCAACGAGGGAACGAUUGUCUACAGCCAAGACGAGAUCAAAGGCGAGACUCUCUGGAAGCGCCUGGACUGGCAGGAAUGCUGCACACUGAUGUGGCGCCCAUACCAGUUCCUCAUCAUGGAGCCCAUUGUCCGCUACCUGUCCCUGCUCUCCGGCUUCAGCGACGCGCUCAUCUUCAUCGGUCUAGACUCCUUCGGUAUGGUGCUGAAGCAGUGGCAUUUCAACCACCUCACCAUCGGCUUGUCUUUCAUCGCCCUGCUGCUCAGCUACAUCGCCGCCUACUUCUGGUUCUUCUACGACUACAAGAAGCAGGGAAAGAUGAUGCGAAACGAGCCUGACAAGUUCACGCCAGAGCGCCGCCUUUGGCUUCUCCUCUUCGUGGCACCGCUACUCUCCAUCGGCCUCUUCGGCUUCGCAUGGGCCUCGCUCGGCCCACGAUCACACAUCCCUUGGAUCCUUCCGAUCCUCUUCACCGUGCCGAUCGGCAUCGCCAACUUCGCCGUCUACAUGGCCACCAUCGACUACAUGAUCGCAGCCUACGGCCCAUACGCCGCCUCUGCUACCGGCGGUAACGGCUUCUGCCGCGAUCUGCUCGCCGGUCUUGCCGCGUUGUUCGCCACUCCGUUCUACAACAACGUCGCCACAGGCACGAAAUACCAGCUCACCAUCCCAUCCUUGAUCCUGUCGGGUAUCGCGCUGCUGCUCAUCAUCCCAGUAUACUACUGCUACGCCAAGGGUCCGGAGAUCCGAGCCAAGUCAAAGUAUGCGUCUCAGCUGGCUCAGGAGCGUGCAGAGCACAAGGAGGAACGCCAAGAGGCCAUAUCAGCGUCCACAUCUCCAGACGGUUCGGGCUCCGAACGAGAUGGAGAGGAUGCAGCUGCCGGCGAUUGA